GAUUAGAGUGAUAAGAUUCAUUGACCAAGAGAAGCAAGAGUAAAGAAACACACCCAUCAUGGAAGAGAGUACCAAUUUGACCUGUCAUCUAACUGAUACACAGUACAAGGUACUGAUUGGGAUCAGAUCGAGCAUAGCAAUCAUCUCCUUCCUGGCCUGUCUCUUUGUCAUUGGUCACAUUGUCCUCUUUAAAAAGUAUCUCUUCAGAUACCAAAGGAUGAUACUGUAUCUUGACAUUGUGCUCAUCCUUUAUACAGUGAUUGAAGCUAUCAACUCAUUCAGCUACGAUCUAGCUGCUCACUUACUGACAUACUGCAAGAUAUUGGGAUUCCUUGAACUAUACAUCAGUCUAUCAGUGGUAGUUGCUAUAACGUGCUUCACUAUUGAUAUAUUCCUCAAAGUAUCAUGUCAAGUCAAUACUGACACAAAGCAUGAGGUUGUCUACAUACUUCUGAUGUUCCUAUCUCCAAUACUUGUCACUUGGAUACCAUUUUACACGCAAUCGUAUGGCUUUGCUGGUGCAUGGUGCUGGAUAAAAACAUUCCAAGAUAAAAGUUGUACCAGAGAUAGUACAGCAGUUGCUUUACAAUUUCUUUUAUACUAUAUACCACUAUUCAUCCUCUAUCCUAUUCUAUUUCUUCUCCUUCUCAUUACACUUUGUAGGCUAUACAGACAGAGAUAUAACUAUACUGCACAAGUUGAUCCACAUGCACCACAAAGAAGGACAGCUCUACGCAAGGAGAUAAAACUUCUCCUUCCAUAUCCAUUCAUAAUCCUUCUCACAAAACUGGUCCCACUCUUUACUCGUGUGUAUAGAAUAUAUGCUGCAGAUACAGAUACUCAGGGUGCUUUUGCAUUGUGGAUCGUUGAUGCUUUUUUCAUCUCCAUCACUGGAGCUGUCAUAGCAGUUUCAUUCUCGUUCAACCCAGGGGUGAGAGAGCAACUCAAGUGGGCUCAAAUCCGUGCAGCAUGCCGUGAGCUUAUUUGCUGGCACAGGCACAGAGUGAGGGAAUACACUGCUGCAGAAGUAGUGCGAUCUGAUAGCAGAAGCCUUUCAUUUACUCUAAGCGGAAGCAUUAAUACUGAGAAUGUCUCACCACUGCUGACAGAGUUUGAAAAUGAGGAAUUGUCCACUGCUUACAGGGAGUUGGAGGACUAAAAUAACUGCUAUUGUUUUUAGAACAUUACUGAAAUAUUCAAUGGUCCAAGUCUUGCAUAUGCAUGUAAAUAUUAUUGCUUGCAUUUUGUCAAAAACAUCCUGUACUGGAGACA